AUGAGGAAUCUGACUACGUGUGAAGCGUUCCCAAGUAAAGGUGGGUCUGGUGACGAGGGUCACAAUCUGUCGACCAAGUCGUCUGAGACGAUAGUGGCUUACAUUCAGGUGACGAUUCGAAGCGAGAAAACCUUCAAGGAAAAAAGAUUGUGUCGGCUGAACGAAGAGCUGGAUAAAAAUUCUUUGCUGAAGAAUAUGAAGCGCGCCUUCGUGGUAGUAGGCCCCGACUCUGUAAUCUGCGAGAUGUUUGACCUCAAGGGUGCACCAGACACUAAUACGUUUCUAACGAUGAUAAGCUGCUUUAAUCCUGAACAGUUGGAGCGGAAGCUAAGCUAA